AUACCAUAAGCAGGUUUUGUCGAAGCAGAGUUGCCGGCGGCAAGGACGCCGAAAGAAAACAUAGGCAAAUAGAGACCGUCACGUUCGUCACGAUUCCAUCAACGGUGACAACGCCCACAACAAACGUCGAGCUCGCCUUUCCACUCAUUUCGGCCCUCGACAGUCCUGUUACCUUCAUAGCUUACUGUCUUCCCUUAGUGAUUCUCUCUUCUUCGCGGGAUGGGACUCAAAUUCGGGUCCUUUGAUUCCUUAUGCGAAACAGCAGCGCUCAUUAUAUGCCCACUCGUCGGUACUGACCAAGGAAUUGUACCGACAUGUUAUAGUCGCAAUGUGGAUGUUGGAGGGACCCUUAUUUUCCAGCCAUCGACGUCCUUCAUUCACAUCGUCGCCAUCAUUAUGACUGCAAUUAUGAUUUACCACAUUCGCAGCAAAUACACCGCAGUUGGGAGAAAGGAAAUUGUCCUUUUCUUUUGGAUGUAUGCCGUUAUACAGCUGUUGGGCAUAUUCCUGGAUUCAGGCAUCAUCCCAACGUCGAAUACGGUGUAUGCAUGGUUCGCUGCUGUAUACACAGGACUCGUCGCCUCCGCGUACUGUUGUAUCCUAAUCAACGCCUUUGUCGGCUUUCAGUUCGCUGAAGACGGAACUCCCCUUUCAUUGUGGUUCCUUCGUAUAACCUGUCUCGUCGUUUUUGGCAUUGCCUUCUUUAUCGCAAUCGCCACCUUCAAAUCCUUCGCAUCUUUCUCUUACAGCAAAACACUUCCCUUAUGGAUCAUCUACAUAUUAUGGCCAGUUAUAUGCGUGGCGAUCUACAUCAUCUCGCAGCUGGUUUUAGUAUUCCGCACGCUUGAGGACCGAUGGCCGAUUGGCGAUAUCGUAUUCGGCACCAGCUUCUGGGUUGUAGGCAUGGUCAUCCUUUUCGCUUUUAGCACGACCAUAUGCGACGCCAUCAAGCAUUACAUCGAUGGACUUUUCUUCUCCGAGCUGUGCGUGUUGCUCAGCGUGAUGAUGGUGUACAAAUACUGGGAUAGUAUAACGCGCGAAGAUCUUGAAUUCUCGGUGGGCUCCAAGCAGGCUGUAUGGGAGGUCAAGGAUCCUCUUCUCUCAUCUAGCUAUCCUGGAUCUUCAAAUGCAUCCGCACCUGGCGGAGAUUACUCUGAAGAAGACGGCGGCAGUAAUUACCACGGAGGAGGGUACAACAAUAAUUACGGAUAUGGCGCAGGCAAGCCAGCAUCCCUAGUCGGCGGAGUGAGCGGGGCACAGCUGUAUCAACAAAGAGGCGGGUAUAACAGAGGGGGGUAUCCGCCUGCGGGAGGAGGGUAUUGAUCACGGUAUUAUUCGGCGUUACGAUUAUCUCAAUGGACACAUACUCGUUUGUUCUCUUCACGUCUUAAUUGCUUUUUGGUGCAAUCUCCAGCGUGCAGCAUUUGGUCGGAGAUGACUUUCUGGGUUUGUGGCUGACACGUACAAUGAGGAAGGUCCAUUCAAAAAAUUGACCCUAGGACUUAGGCUGCAACGACGUUACGGGAGCAGCGGUUCUUACAUUUUAAGCAGCGGCUGCUUGUUGCAGAUGCACCACCGGACGGUUCUUGGACUGAUGACGCUUCGCUUGUACGUACCAUCAUCACAAUUGACGUU